AUGUUUUCUCAAGAACGGUUACCUUCACUCUUAUUAAUAGAAGAAGAGGAAGAAUACAUAUCUCAAACAUCACAUGAAACCUCUAGUUUGACUUCUACUUCUUACAAACUUUAUAAAUCUGAAGAAUCUUUCAGAACUGAUGAAGCAGAUGAUAAAAUUAGAUAUUAUAAGAUUUGUAUUAAAGAAUAUGAAGAAACCCAAGCUAGCUUUUAUCUAUAUUCUAAGUCAGAUAGUAGUACAGGUGAUUCAGAAGGUUCAGAUAACGAAUCAGAUAUUAGUAGUGGUGAUGAAGCUGAUAUUCUAUCAUCUGAGAAUAGGAAACAAUGGCAGUAUACCCAUAGAAAAGAACUGGAUGAUUCAAAUACAGUAAAGUAUUUACCUUCCACAAACUGUGAUGGACUUUUGGAAAAAAUACGUGCUGCAAUUUAUUUGUCUCUUGAUGAAUUAUGGGAUAUUCCUAAACGAAGUAAUACCAAAGCACAAGUUCAUGCAGAAUUAUUAGCAUUAAAAGCAAAACUAGUUAGCCAAAAUUAUAGUGAUACAGAAAGUGUAUUAAGUACUAUAGAAGAGGAUUGUGAUUCUUUUAGUGCUGAGUUAUGGGAUAAUGUAAACCAAGUCGCAAUCGAUAUUCUAACUUUAGAAGGAUAUCAGAUUAAGGCACAUUCAGAAACUCUUUCAGAAGAUGUUCUUAUAGCAAAAAUCCAUGAUAUACAUUGUGUUAGAAUUCAAUCUAAAACCAAACUUACUAAAAAUAUUCUCUUAAAAGCGAAAAAACUCCUUGUGAUUGGUUGUUUUUGUGCUAAUACUAGUCAAAUUGAUUUAAAAACUGCUACUAGCCAGAAAAUUACUGUAUUUAAUUCUUCCUUUGACUAUAGUAGAAGUAUAGCUGAGCUAGUAAUUACUAAAAUAAUUAUGCUGUCUAGACAUUUAAGUAAUCGUAAUAUCGAGAUACACCAAGGAAUUCAAAAUAAAGCACUAGUAGAAUGCUAUGAAAUUUGUAGAAAAACUCUUGGAAUUAUUGGUUAUGGUCAUAUUGGAUCUCAAUUAUCUAUUCUUGCUGAAUCUAUGGGGAUAGUUGUAUAUUUUUAUGAUGUAUUUCGAAUCAUGCUUUUAGAAACUGCCAAGCAAGUUAAUAACUUAGAGGAGCUUUUGAAACAAUCAGACUUUGUUACCAUAUAUGUUCCUAAGACUAAUAAAACCAAAAAUUUAAUUAGUGUCGCAAUUAACAUACUUUCAGAUGAUAUUAAUGAGUAUGAUAAUGAUGGGCUAAGAAUAUGCAAGAAUCUAAUCUUGACAUCACAUAUCAAAAAAGUACAAAAAUUAAUAGGUGUAGAAGUUGCAACUGCAAUUUUUAAAUACAUUAAUCUUAAACUUUCAAUUGGUGCUAUCAAUUGA